UCGGCGGGCCGCAGCGCGCACGGACGCUCGGACCGGCGAGGGGCUACGACCCCUCGCGGACGCCCAGCCGCGCGUCGGGCCGGGGACUCGUCCUCUCGUUUGCCCUUGUGCGUGCCCCGCGCCCUCCAGCGCGCCGGCGGGACCAUGAAGAAGUUCUCUCGAAUGCCCAAGUCCGAGGGCGGCGGCGGCGGAGCGGCGGGUGGCGGGGCCGGCGGAGUCGGGCCGGCUCUGGCCGGUAGCUCGUCCGUGGGGGUCCGGGUGUUCGCGGUCGGCCGCUACCAGGUCACUCUGGAGGAAUCGCUGGCCGAAGGUGGAUUCUCCACAGUUUUCCUGGUGCGGACCCAUGGUGGAAUCCGCCAUGCAUUGAAGCGAAUGUAUGUCAAUAACUUGCCAGACCUCAACAUUUGUAAAAGGGAAAUUACAAUUAUGAAAGAGCUGUCUGGUCACAAAAAUAUCGUGGGUUAUUUGGACUGUGCUAUUAAUUCAGUUAGUGAUAAUGUAUGGGAAGUGCUUAUCUUAAUGGAAUAUUGUCGAGCUGGGCAGGUAGUGAAUCAGAUGAAUAAGAAGCUGCAGACAGGUUUUACGGAACCAGAAGUGUUACAGAUAUUCUGUGAUACCUGUGAAGCUGUUGCAAGGUUGCAUCAGUGUAAGACUCCAAUAAUUCACCGGGAUCUGAAGGUAGAAAAUAUUUUGUUGAAUGAUGGUGGAAACUAUGUACUUUGUGACUUUGGCAGUGCCACUAAUAAGUUUCUUAAUCCUCAAAAAGAUGGAGUUAAUAUAGUAGAAGAAGAAAUUAAAAAGUAUACAACUCUGUCAUACAGAGCUCCUGAAAUGAUCAACCUUUAUGGAGGGAAACCCAUCACCACCAAGGCUGAUAUCUGGGCACUGGGCUGUUUACUAUAUAAGCUUUGUUUCUUCACUCUUCCUUUUGGUGAGAGUCAGGUUGCUAUUUGUGAUGGCAGCUUCACCAUCCCAGACAACUCUCGUUACUCCCACAACAUACAUUGCUUAAUAAGGUUCAUGCUUGAACCAGAUCCAGAGCGUAGACCUGAUAUAUUUCAAGUGUCCUAUUUUGCAUUUAAAUUUGCCAAAAAGGAUUGUCCAGUCUCCAAUAUUAAUAAUUCUUCUAUUCCUUCAGCUCUUCCUGAACCGAUGACUGCUAGUGAAGCAGCUUCUAGGAAAAGCCAAAUAAAAGCCAGAAUAACAGAUAACAUUGGACCAACAGAAACCUCAAUUGCACCAAGACAAAGACCAAAGGCCAACUCCACUACUGCCACUCCCAGAGUGCUGACCAUUCAAAGUUCAGCAACACCUGUUAAAGUCCCUGCUCCCGGUGAAUUUGGUAACCACAGACCAAAAGGAGCCCUGAGACCUGGCAGCGGCCCUGAGAUUUCCUUAGGGCAAGGGCCCCCUCAGCAGCCUCCACAGCAGCACCGAGUUCUGCAGCAGCUGCAGCAAGGAGACUGGAGACUGCAGCAGCUCCACCUACAGCACCGCCAUCCUCACCAGCAGCCACAGCAGCAUCAGGAUGCUUACGUGCAGCAGUAUCAACAUGCAAUGCAGCAGCAACAGAUACUUCAACAACAGUUUUUAAUGCAGUCUGUGUAUCAGCCGCAGACUUCUGCAUCACAGUAUCCUACAGUGGUGCAGCAGUAUCAGCAGGCUUUCAUGCAGCAGCAAAUGCUAGCUCACCAUCAGCAGUCUCAACAACAGGCAUCACCUGAAUAUCUUACCUCCCCUCAAGAGUUCUCACCAGCCUUAGUUUCCUACACUUCAUCACUUCCAGCUCAGGUUGGAACCAUAAUGGACUCCUCUCAUAGUGCCAAUAGGUCAAUUGCUGAUAAAGAGGCAGUUGCAAAUACUACACAUCAAAAGAACAUCAGUAACCCACCUGAUAUGUCGGGAUGGAAUCCUUUCGGAGAGGAUAAUUUUUCCAAGUUAACAGAAGAAGAGCUGUUGGACAGAGAGUUUGACCUUCUCAGAUCAAACAGGCUCGAAGAGAGAGCAUCCUCAGAUAAGAAUGUAGACCCACUUUCUGCUCCACAUAACCAACCUCCAGAAGAUCCUUUUGGUUCUGUUCCUUUCAUUUUUCACUCAGGUUCUCCUGAAAAGAAAACUGAACAUUCAUCCAUGAAUCAAGAAAAUAACUCUGCAAACCCUAUCAAGAAUAGGAAGGCAAGUCCAGUAUCUAAAGACCACCGGCCCGGAAAGAAAACAUCAGAGAAUUCAUCAGUACCGGGUCAAGUGCAGAAGGGGAAUGAUGAAUCUGAAAGUGAUUUUGAAUCAGAUCCCCCCUCUCCUAAGAGCAGUGAGGAGGAAGAACAAGAGGAUGAAGACGUUCUUCAGGGAGAACAAGUUGAUUUCAAUGAUGAUGACACUGAACCGGAAAAUCUGGGUCAUAGGCCUCUCCUCAUGGAUUCUGAAGAUGAGGAAGAAGAAGAGAAACCUAGCUCUGAUUCUGAUUAUGAGCAGGCCAAAGCCAAGUACAGUGAUGUGAGCCCUGCCUUCAGAGACAAAUCUGGCAGUGGGCCAACCCAAGAUCCUAAUGGAACACUCCUCAGCCCAACCCAGUUACUCCCUGCUGUUGGGGUGGAGACUCCCAAGCAGGAGUUUGAUGUGUUUGGCGCUGUCCCUUUCUUUGCAGUGCGUGGGCAACAGCCCCAACAAGGGGAGAAUGAAAAGAACUUCUCUCAGCAGACCCAUUUUCCUGCUGUGGGACUAGAGCAAGAGGAAUUUGAUGUCUUUACAAAGGCACCCUUUAGCAAGAAGGUGAACGUACAAGAUGACCGUACGGUGGGGCCCGAAGUGCAGACUCUCCCUGGUUGUCCCAAAAGUGUAGAUGUAUUUGGCUCCACUCCAUUUCAGCCCUUCCCCACAUCCACAAGUAAAAGUGACAGCCACGAAGACCUUUUCGGGCUUGUGCCCUUUGAGGAAAUAACUGGGAGCCAGCAGCAAAAAGUCAAACAGCGUAGCUUACAGAAAUUGUCUUCUCGCCAAAGGCGCACAAAGCAGGAUCUGUCCAAAAGUAACGGGAAGCGGCACCAUGGUACGCCGACCAGCGCCAAGAAAACUGUGAAGCCAACUUACCGCACUCCAGAGAGGGCCCGCAGACACAAAAAGGUGGGCCGCCGAGACUCUCAAAGCAGCAACGAGUUUUUAACCAUCUCAGACUCCAAGGAGAACAUUAGCAUUGCGCUGACUGACGGGAAAGACAGAGGGAAUGUCCUGCCUCCCGAGGAGAGUCUGUUGGACCCCUUUGGGGCCAAGCCCUUCCACCCCCCAGACCUGCCCUGGCACCCUUCACAUCAGGGCUUGAGCGACAUCCGUGCUGAUCACAAUCCUGUGCUGCCUGGGCGGCCAAGACCGAAUUCACUCCAUGGGUCAUUCCAUAGUGCAGAUGCGCUGAAAAUGGAUGAUUUUGGUGCCGUGCCCUUUACAGAACUUGUGGUGCAAAGCAUCACUUCACGUCAGCCCCAACAAUCCCAGUCAGUCGAAUUAGACCCAUUUGGUGCUGCUCCAUUUCCUUCGAAACAGUAGAUACUUCUGACGGACUGUUGGCAUUAACCCGUUUCUAAAAAGUAUGAAUAGUUUUAUGAAUUUGAAAGAAAGUUUAUUUGUAUAGCUCUUUAUAGCACUCAUUCUUACAGGUCAAUCAGAAUAGGUAAUUUUUAAAUAAACCAAAUAGGAAAAGGAAGUAUCUCCACAGGGUAGUGACUUGGUGUCUCUUCCACGCAGGAGAAAAGGGAGCUAAAUUGGAAGCUCUAACCCAGGGUUUCAGCUACUGACACAACAGCACAGAAAUCCAGGGAAAGCACGUGGCAGCUUUCCAGUUGUGUAGCCACUGAAAAGGGACUGGAAAGCUGUGUUAUUAUUUUUGUAACCGAAUGUCACUUUGUGUGCAUAUCCGGGGCUCAUUCCAGAAUCCGACGUUUAAAACUAAGGUUAUUUGUACAUACACAGGUUGCAUUUGUGGAUUUUUUAAAGGUCUCUUCUAAUUUCCACAUGGUAAAAAAGAAUCUAGUUCUUGUAAAGAAUUAAAGUUAUUGUCUGGAAGAGUGCAGAGAUUUUAUUCCUUAACACCUUUCUCUACAAAGCAGAGCCAGAAGUAACUGACUUUUGUGCCUAAAACUUUCAUUUUUUAAAACAAGUGCCAUUAACGUGGAAUAUCUACAUAGAAGCCUCGAACAAAAACUAAAGAGCGAUAUCUGACAUGUGGAAAAUGUAAAAGAAAAAAUGAUACAGAAGAGAAAAAACAGUACUCCAGGAACAUUUUAUGUACUGCUUUUGAAUCGCGUCUUGCUCAAAACUUUUAUUGUCAUGUCCCUAAUAAAGGAGAAGAUUAGAAAAACUGGGAGUGAGGACAAGGGUUAUAUAGACAUUUUAUUUCGAGACAAAAAUACGUAGCUGAAACCCUGAGUUUUUAAGACGUUUACAAUGCAGAAUCAUGUUACAUUUAAUGAUGUACUUUAUUAAAUUACCACCUUCACCCAGUAUUCCCCAAGUCAUGAGCAACGAUUGUUUAGUUAGGUUUGGGGGUGGCGUAGUUUUAAUAAAGUGCAUAGAACAGCGAAAGCCACAAAGCCUUAUAGGCAGGACUCGCGCAUCCUGCGGCAAGUACCUCUGCACUGAUACACACGAUCUGAAAAUGGCUGUGAGGUAUUAGAGGAUGAGGGACUAGCGUCUUAACUCUGCUAGUUGAUUGACGUGUCUUUAGUGAAAAGAACCCAGCUACCAAAUUGCCUUUUUUUUACACCACAAUUCCUAAUUAGAAACUUGAGAUUUUAUAGAAAUUGUUUUAAUAAGAUACAUAUUACGUAUAUGAAUUAAUGUGAAUACAGUAUCUGUGCUGCUUGUGUCUCCAAGUAUUUUUAAGUUAUAAUUAACUGUCCUUCCCUAUCAAAUUAAUUUUUAGAAGUUUCUAGAACUGUUAAAGCUAUUUACAAAAAGGGGUGGAAACUUGUCACCUGGCCCUCCUUGACUGCUAUAUUUUAAAUUAACUCUCUUUGAACCCAAUAAAAGUGUAUUGUAUGAGUAAUCUUACUAGAAUCUCUUACUUACAGUGUCCCAGUUGGGAGGAGCUGUUUGCCUGUUUUCAGUUCUAAACUUGGAAAGAAGCAAAGUAUAUAUAACUACACCGUAUAUUCAUUUUUUUUGUUGCUUCUCUCUUAUAUUUUAAAAUAGAAACCAAUUUGUGGACAAGCCGGGAAGUAGUGCUUGUAUGUGAAUCACAGUUAGCAGAGGCAGACCAAGCAUUAGAUUACUGUUAAGAGUCGUACUUGUAGAGCCCGACUGCACCAAUUACUUGUCUUGUGCCAAAGGCAAAUAUUACGUUUGCACCUUUUUUUUCUGAUUCUCAGGUUGAUUAAUACUGCUAAUGCAAAUGCGUAAAUAGAUGUUCUUUAAAAUUUAACAAAGUAGAAUCAAGUGAUACUUUCUUUUAAAAGUGAAGAGUUGAUGAUUACACAUAGUAAAUUCAUGAACUACAGUAGGUUUGUAUCAAACAAGACUUUUUUUUUUUUUGAAUAUGUUGGUUGAUGUGUACACGGUAUGCUUUUUUGACUAUUGUAGUCCUUGGUCUUGGUCUGUCCUAGACCUCAUGAGUUUUGUAAUUUACAAGGGGUAGUGGAUGAAUUAGUGGGGUCCCUAUGGGAUGUAAACAUGAAAUACCUAGAGUCUCUGAUACCAAGGCCUUCCUUACACUUGCUUUUCAAUACACUGAAUAAUUUUAAAUGAUUCGGACACUGAUAUAGACCCUUCGGCUUACAGCAUUGGAUAAAUUCUAAGGAAAGAACUUUGACCUUGUUUAAAAUAUUUAUUCUUAUGUUUCUUAUUUCAUCACAGCCCCGUGACUUUCCUCUGACUUUCCUAAGAGCUCAGAGGAAGCUCUUAGGAUUCACAGGGGACCCAAUGGGAUAGAAAUGGGGAGAUUCCGUUCUGUUCAGGUAGAGGUAUUUCCCCAAGGAGCACAGGAUUAGAGUUGCUUUCCAUUUCCCAUCAUCUCCCACCACUCCUAGGAUGGAGGUCACUCCAUACAGCUGAUGCUCCGGUCAGUCCCUAUGAGAAUUAGGAGAAUACAGCUUCCAAGGCAUGUGAAAAAGCUUAACACGUAUUUGGCACACAGCACUCAGUAGAAGUUUGGCUCUAUAGUGGGAUGGUCCAAUUCUUGUUUAAGGAAGGAAAGUUGACAAGAAAUGAUUUUCCUAUUAUUAACCACAUGUCCUCUGGGCUUUAGCAUGCUAAAUAGUCAGAACUCUAAACCUGUAAUACUUGAACAUCACUAAGGGAAGUAAAACAUUAUGAAGCUAGCAAAAAUCUGAGGCCAAAGUUACUCCUGUCCUAACAGCUUUAAUCAUGCUUGUUGAUUUUAAAUAAUCUUUUAAAAAGUGGACCAUUUGCUUAAUGAUUUUAAUUUUAUCACUUCAGCAAGAUGUUAGUGUUUAAAAGAUUAGCUUUUAUGGCAUUGAAUGUAUCUGCUAAGACACAAAAGUUGCUUGGUAUAUAUAUUAUCUGGAGGAGGAAAGGUGGUAGGCUGGAUGAAAAUUUAACUGACUAGACUAUUUAUUCAGAAGUUUCGAUUGGGGUAAUUGUAUAAUUGUUCCAAUGACCUGCCCGUGUGCGUGUGUGCGUGUGUGCGUGUGUGCGUGUGUGUGUGUGUGUGUGUGUGUGUAGUUAGGACAUUGUUUGGAAUAGUAGAUAAAUGCACCUUUUGACCCUACCUUGUUUAUUGUUUAACAUUGAUAGAUUGUUGUCAUCUUGCUGGUGGAAGAAAAUACUAAGGUGAGCCUACUCUUCUGCUCUGAUGUUCAUCAGGCAGAGCAGUUUUCUCACUAUUCAGCUAUUCUGCUUGGUGUAUUUUAGGUUUUGAUACUUCAUAUAAGCAUUGCUGGAAGGUACACAAGUAUCAAUAUCACUAGUCCUGAGGAGUUUGUGUACAUUCGCUUUAACGUUAUGUAGAAUGUGCAGUAAACUUUUUAUUUUUCUUUUUAGCAAAAUGACUCAUCAUUUUAGGUUCAAUAUUGAGCUGGCAGAUCUACUGUGAGAAUGAGAUAACAUAUUUACUGUGAGAAUAACAUAAAUGAUAGUUUAUUUGAAAACUUUUAUGCACACUGGUGUUUAUAUAUAAAGAUAAAUAUAUAAACACACACAUGCAUGUACAUGUCACAUCUCUUCUGUGGAGUUAAUGUGAAUUUUUAAAUUUCAAAUGGAAUUGCAACCACAAUCAUUAGUAAAAGAACAUUCACUCCUAUUGAGGGUUUAUGAAAGCCACUAAAAGACUAAGAUAGACAUGAAAAUGCAAAGCAUCAUCAUUUGGGGUUAUUUUUAUUUAAAAAUGUAUUGUGCUACUUUUGAAAGAAUUGUUUUUAUUGCUACAUUCUUUUUUGUGAUUGAAAAGUCAUCUAAUAGUAAGCAGUAUAGUAAUAGUAAAUUACUUUUUAAUUGCUGGCAAACAGCUUUAAGUGCACUUUCUUUGAUUACACUUCCAUUUUUUGUUAAACUUGAAUUUUCUGAAGCCUUUUAUGUACCACUAAAAGCAAAUAAGUUUAACUUUUAAUAAACCUGAUUUACAUCUUUAUUAUAUUUCUAAUUGUUACAAAACUGACUUUCUAAAGUAAUUUCAAUCCUCACAUAUAGCUGGGAAACUGUUAGGAGAUAGAACCAGUGGCUUUUUUUUUUUCUUCCUAUAAUUAAGCACUAACUGAUUUUACUAUUUUACUGUCUUGACAUUGCUUAUUAUUAUUGACUGAAUUCUGUCCCCUGUUCACUUUGUUUUGUUUGAAAUUUAAAGUUAUUUUCUUACUGUAUUUAUCA